CGAGAGACCAAUCAACCCAUGAAUGCCAUCACCCCUUACGUCGACAUUGGAUCCACUUCUGGCCAUAACUGGUCAGGAAUCGAAGCCGUUAUGGAAGCGUACGACAGAUAUUCUUAUGAACGAAAACAAGAGAAAGACUUUCUCUUUGAAAAGAGUCACGAAUUGAAGAACAGAUUGCAAGACAUCAACAAAGAGGCAGAAUAUUUGAGUNAAUUAAAUGAAAACACAGAACGAAAACAAGAGAAAGACUUUCUCUUUGAAAAGAGUCACGAAUUGAAGAACAGAUUGCAAGACAUCAACAAAGAGGCAGAAUAUUUGAGUCAACAAAUGGCCGCUUUGUCGAAAGCGGUCUCCACUUCUGUACUGAUAUAUCACUCAAAACCACUCAAACCUCACUAUCAUCUCCGCCUUCAUAUGUCUUGUGCGCCGCCAUUACACCAGACCUUCGCUUGUGAGCCACUCUUGACAUCUGUAUCGACACAAUCGACAUCAUCCACGCCAUCGCUCACUAACUCUUCCAAACACUAUCUCCUCUAUAAUGAGGAGAAGGCAUCACAACAAAUGGAUAACAUGUCAGACGUGUCAGCCCUCGCACCACAAAACAACUCUUCUUCCAAUUGCUUCCAAUUCCAACUCUUCGGUCUCGACGCACACCAUAAAUCAUCGGCUCUGAGCACAUCCAAUACAUCCCAUAUUUCAACCAUCACUUCGGCCGGUGGUGUUGAGCGCAAAAUGGCCACAGUUUCGCCUUUCUUUCAGGCCAACCCCCCUCCCGUCCCCGUGCAGGUACAGGUGCCCGGCCUUAUAGUCCCCAUGAUAUCAGCGCAUAGAAAUACCGGCGAAUACCAGAACGCGAUGUCCGGCUCGGCUUUGGCCGCCACCAGGACUUCCAGUUUUGCGGCCGCUCUCAGAAAGUUAGCCAAACAGUCAUUCGAUCCAAUGAUUGCCGAUUCCGGACCACAAUCCUCUCCAUUGACUCUCUCUGUCAGUCAUUCAUCCGCUUUAAGCAACAGUUCCAACACUUCUUCAUUUCAAUCACACAUUCAAAGCAUUGGAUCUCAUUGUCAACCCUUUGGGAGAUAUAUGAAUGGAAUGGUGGGUCCAUCGCCACCAAUAGUGACGAUCGCACCGAUUCCGGCCCAUCAGAGCGAUAGGAGUGAAGGGUUG